UGGACCAACCUUCGGUGGGCCCAAUUAAAAGGACCAACGGGCCGGAUUCGGCCCGCGGGCCGUAGUUUGCCCAUAUCUGGUAUAAACUCAUCGCUUCUUUUAUUAUUUAUAAUUUCACCUGUGGUUUUAUUGCUCUUGUUUGAUUGUAAUAUAUCCUUGAGUGUUUUGAAAGGCGCUUAUAAAUAAAAUGUAUUAUUAUUAUUUGGAAUGGGGGAGGAAACCGCACUACCCGUAAAAAAAAACACACACACACACAGGCACGGGGAGAACAUGCAAACUCCAUUCAGGAAGGCCGCAGAUGUGACCCUGUACAUCGGCAUCUGUGAAGCGGACAUCCUAAACAGUCGAAAAACAACAACAACAACCUGGCAACUGAUUAUUUCAAAAGGGGGAAUUUUGUUGCUGACAUCUCAAGUGGGAAUAUUCAGGACAAUCGACGGUCCCUUUCAGCGCAAAACCACUACUAUGCAUUACAAUUUACGCACAAAGUAGCGGAACUCCGUCGUAAACCGAGGACCACCCCUGUACGUAUAGGAGGGGGAGACGGAGAGAAGGAAGUAAGGGAGCGAGCGAGAGAGAGGGAGCGCAACAGCACCGCCCCCGCACCCCCAUGUCAUUGGUCACGAACAGCGAGCAUUUCUUCGUGUAUCCCCAGAAAGUCCACCUGUUGAGCGCUCAAGUGGCGCUUGCUUGCUUCGGCGUCUCAGCAUGAGCGCCGAGUGCAGCGGCUACUUGAGCGCGGACGGCGUGUUUGCAGCCGCUUUCACCUGUCCCAAAGCGGGCAAUGUCGCCGCACGUUUCUGUUGUGGAUUUAAUGACUUGAAGUACUGCUGUGACGAUCCCAACAGCUUUUACCCGCACGACUAUGCUUACAUGUGGUGGCUGAGUAUUUGGGCUCUUGUUGGCCUGUCUUUUGCAGCAGUGGUCCUUCUCGCCUUCCUCAUUACAGUAUGUGUGCUUUGCUACCUCUUUAUCACCACCAAACCAAGCCGGCGUGACAACAACAUACCCAUACAAGCACCAGCAGGUGACCCCCAGGAGGGAUCCAGCCUCACUGGAGCGAUGUGCGCCUCAGCUCCGCAGGGAUUCCGAAUGCACUUCAUGAGCAGGAAGUUGCAUUCUGAUAACCAGCCCCAAGACCCGGAGCGUCUGUUCCAGAGGUGUUUCACAGCGACUGUGACAGGCGUAAGAGUGGAGAGUCCCUCAUAAAGCAAUUUUAGUGCGACGGUCUGACUAAAGGAGGAUAGGAACAAGGAGGAGGAUUUCGUUCAAUCUUUAGUUUUGCAGCCAGCAGUCUUAUGCGAUCCAGUUCAAGAGCUACCAGACCAGUGAUGCUACACGGGUUCAUACUUACAUUCUUCAAAUAUUAUGUGUACGUUUCGCCGGCUGCUCAAGUAACUCCCAAAUCCGUUACUCUCAGCCGAGUAAAGUCAUCUCAAGUCAAACCAGUGAUAAAUUAGUCGAUGCAAUAUUUGGUCAUCAUAAAGAAAGAAGACCUAAAAGGUAAAAAAAAAAAAAUUGCAAUUAGAAAAAAAAUAGAUUUUUUUAUUGCGCAAUUUUAAAUCUGCCUACAUUUUUUUCUCGAGCAUGUCAGGAUUUUAUAAUAAUAAUAUUAAUAAUAAUUAAUAAUAUGCUGGGGCCUAUCCAAAGAUUCUUCAUUGUGGUGGGCAGGGUAACACAUAAAGCCAUCUCUGAUUAUAAUUAUGCUUUCAUUAUUACUAUAGCAUGAGCCAAUUCAUGUAACCCACAGGUGUCAAAGUCAAGGCCCGGGGGCCAGAUCUGGCCCACCAUAACAUUUUGUGUGGCCUGCGAGAGCAAGUCAAGCAUGUCAACUUUUCCAUGAACAAAUUUUAAAUUGUCAUAUGUAAUCCAUCAUUACAAAGAGAUAUUGGAAGCAUGAUCUCAUUACGUACUUAUUACAUUAACGUAAACAAUGGCUGAACCAACCAUUAUUCUUGACUUCUGAUUUCAAAACUAAUUAUCCACCAAUUGGUUGUGCACUGCAUAUGUAAUAUGCGGAGGUGAUCCAACAUUUAUACGGUUUCACAAAAUUCACAGUCAUCAUGGCCCGCUCAGGAAAACCAUAACUGCUAUUUGGCCCACUACAAAGGUGAGUUUGACACCCCCGAUAUGGAACCAGUAUGUUACCAUAACAUCUGGAGUCCCGAGCACCGAAUUCCAAGUCUGAUCUAAAGAGUUUUUGUUUUUUGUCAAGUCACAAGGCAUCAAAUCAGUGACUCGAGUCAACUCUAAUCCCAGUUGCAACAACUCAAGCCUCUCCUGCAGGGGUGCCCAUUACGUCGAUCGCGAUCGACCGGUAGAUCACGGACUGGUCCCAAGUCGAUCGCGAGGGGUGUUGGGAGUACAAAAAACAACCAUUUGUGUGGCUUUGUGCACGUUAGUAAUGUAUUGUUUUGUGUUAAUGUACACUUCACCCUAAUCAUCCUACGAGUCUCAUUUUCACAAAAAGUAUUUAAAAAAAAUAAUAAAACAGGUAAAUCUUUAACCUACAGUGGCGCGUGACUUGCAUCACCAGAGGUUUUUCGCGCUCAGCAGUCUGCAAUUGCAGCUCGCUAUCAGAGCCGUUGCGAUGUAGCCUUUGCCAUUAUUAUUAUUGUCAGGCAAAGUGCAUUUCGUGUACAAUUCACCGAUGGCACUCACAAAGAAUGGGAAUCUAGAGGGCCGAGGAAAGCACUUUAAAACGGUACGUGUGAGCUACGAUAGUUAACAGGCUGCAAAAGUGCGUCGCAUGCCUCCGUGGCAGGCUGUUGCUCAUCAUGGCGUGCGUGGGUAUGUCUGCGCUUGCGCUGUAACGUGCCGCUCACGGGGAGGUUGGUUGAUCGAAAAAUCGAACUUCGGUCCAAAACGUUUGGGCACCCCUGCUCUACUGUAUAUCUGCAUUUCUUUAUUUUCAUUAAAUGAUUAGCUCACUGUGACAACGAAGGUUCUUGUAAUUAGUGGAGGGCCUGCGCUUGUUUCUCUUCUCAUCACCAAGCUGGCCCCAUCAUGAAUUAACCGCAGGUAACCACGCCGGUGUGUUUCUUAUGUCCAGUUUAUUCCGUAAUUGUGUUUUGGUCGUAGCCAUUCAUGUCUAUGUGGGAAAUGCGCAAAUGACUUUUCUGGGGCAUGUAUUGUACACGCUGUGCCUGCAUCAUAGGCAAUUUACGGAUGUCCGGGACAAUCCAAUGUACUCAUUUCCUGUUCUCUUUGGAAAGGCUUCAAUACCUUUCAAUACCGUUUGUGUAUUGGAUUUUACUAGAUUGUAGUGGGGAUAUGAAAGACGGCAAUGAUGAUUGAGAAGUGGUGAAUAGACGGGCAAGAACACGCAUGCACUCCUUUCUCUGUCAUUUUGUAUAUUUGCUCAUCAAGCUCCCGUACGAAUAAAUUCUGGGCAGGAUUUCUCAAAACCAAAGACCCUUUGCUACCUUCGUUCACUGACGCAUGUGUAUUAGAUGGUGCCUUUGUCAUUUGUUCGUUCCAGAAGUAUUUGGGCAGUUAUUGUGGUCUUUCUAUUUGUACACCAGGGUAAUGGAUUUGAAAUAAAACGAUUGUGAUGUCAA